UUCUAUUUUCUCGUCUUCCUAGCGUGAAGAGCUCAAUAGUAUUCAUUGUCCGAUCAUUAAGCAUGUCGGCCGGAUCUAUCGAGAUUCCUCUCCGUGAUACGGACGAGGUGAUUGAGUUGGAUCUUGACCAGUUGCCUGAUGGUGAAGAAGUAUUGAAUAUUCUUCGACAAGAAAUUGCCCCAUUAAACAUUUGGGUCAAUUUAGCUCUGGAAUAUUACAAACAAGGUUUUAUCGAAGACUUUGUCAAGAUACUUGAAGCUUCUCGUGCCGAUGCCAGUUAUGACUAUCCAAAUUAUGAAAAAGACCAGAUGCGAGCACUGGACACCCUUGCUGCGUACUAUGUGCAGCAGGCACAUAAGGAGAAGAACAAAGAGAAAAAGAGGGACCUGUUCACCCAGGCCACCCUCUUGUACACCACUGCUGACAAAGUCAUCAUGUACGAUCAGAACCAUCUUUUGGGUCGAGCGUAUUUCUGUUUGCUGGAAGGUGAUAAGAUGGAGCAGGCUGAUGCUCAGUUUAACUUUGUACUUAACCAGUCAAGCAACAACAUUCCGUCUCUCCUCGGUAAAGGGUGUAUUGCUUUCAACAAGAAAGACUACCGUGGAGCUCUUGCCUACUACAAAAAAGCCCUAAGAACCAACCCCAGUUGCCCCGCUUCUGUGAGACUGGGUAUGGGACAUUGCUUUGUAAAACUUGGCAAGCUUGAAAAGGCAAAGAUGGCCUUUGAGCGUGCCCUUUUCCUCGACCCCCAGUGUGUCGGUGCCUUAGUUGGACUUGCUAUCCUCAAAAUGAAUGCUAAAACUCAAGAUUCAAUUAAAACAGGAGUGCAGUUAUUGUCAAAAGCUUACACAAUUGACUCAACCAAUCCAAUGGUUUUAAACCAUUUGGCUAACCAUUUCUUUUAUAAAAAGGAUUAUCAGAAAGUGCAACAUCUUGCCCUCCAUGCCUUCCAUAAUACGGAGAAUGAAGCAAUGAGGGCAGAAAGCUGCUAUCAGCUGGCGAGAGCUUUCCAUGUCCAGGGUGAUUAUGACCAAGCUUUCCAGUAUUACUAUCAAUCAACUCAGUUUGCACCCACCAGCUUUGUACUUCCAUUCUUUGGCCUUGGGCAGAUGUACAUCUACCGUGGUGACAAUGAAAAUGCCGCCCUGUGUUUUGAGAAAGUCUUAAAAGCUCAACCUGGAAACUAUGAAACUAUGAAAAUUUUAGGCUCUCUUUAUGCCAAUUCCGAAGAUGUUGCCAAGAGAGAUACUGCCAAACAACACCUCCGCAAGGUCACUGAACAGUUCCCGGAGGAUGUUGAGGCCUGGAUUGAAUUAGCUCAGAUUCUGGAACAAACUGAUGUCUUGGGUGCCCUUUCGGCGUAUGGCACUGCCACCAGAAUUCUGAAAGAUAAAGUUCAAGCUGAUGUGCCACCCGAGAUUCUUAACAAUGUGGCUGCCUUACAUUUUAGAAUUGGCAAUUUCAUGGAAUCCAAGAAAUAUUAUGAAGCUUCACUUGAACGCUCCCGACACGAAGCACAGCACGAUGAGACAUACUACAGCGCCAUCUCAGUAACCACAACCUACAACUUGGCGCGACUCUACGAAGCAACCCACGAGUACGAUAAAGCAGAGAAACUGUACAAGAAUAUUCUGAGAGAGCAUCCUAACUAUGUCGAUUGUUACCUGAGAUUAGGUUGCAUGGCACGAGAUCGGGGACAAAUCUAUGAAGCAUCUGAUUGGUUCAAAGAAGCCCUACAGAUAAACCAGGAUCAUCCAGAUGCCUGGUCUUUAAUUGGAAACCUUCAUUUAGCCAAACAAGAGUGGGGCCCUGGGCAGAAGAAGUUUGAACGAAUUAUCCAGAGACCUAACACCAAAGAUGACUCUUAUUCGCUUAUUGCUCUUGGCAAUGUCUGGCUACAAACUCUUCAUCAGCCAAUCAGAGACAAAGACAAGGAAAAACGACACCAAGACCGAGCUUUGGCUAUGUACAAACAGGUACUAAGAAAUGAUGCACGCAAUAUUUGGGCUUCAAAUGGAAUUGGUUGUGUUCUUGCCCACAAAGGCUGCAUCAACGAAGCCAGAGAUAUAUUUGCUCAAGUCCGUGAGGCGACUGCUGAUUUCUGUGAUGUCUGGCUUAAUAUUGCCCACAUUUAUGUGGAACAGAAACAGUAUGUAGCUGCAGUACAAAUGGUCAGUUCUGAUGAAACAACUUCUUUUUUUUUUUUAUAUGUAUUUUAUGUUUUUUGUAAAAGUAACCUGGUACAUCCACCCCAGACCACAUAGUUUAGAGUAUUUAUU